AGCCAUCUUGGCUCCGCAGGCGUGCACGCGCGCUGCAGCUUCGCUCUCUUGCGGAGGAGGAGGAGGAGGGGGGGGGGGAGAAGGAGGCCCCGCCCGCCCAUGGGGGAUGACCCGAGCGACUUCGGCACCUGCGGGGGCAAGCGCCGAACGGCGAACCCAGACGCCGCCAGGGACGCCCUCGAGCGCCUCGCGGCGGUCACGGCCGCGGCCGUGGAGCGGGGCGCCGCGGAGGCCCGCGAGCGCGUCGCGGCGGCGGCCUCGGGCCCCGCAGAACCCGGCGAGGUGGUCCGGCUGGACCUCUCGACGGUGCAGCUCUACCCCGCGGGCGCGGCGGAGCUGGUGAGUGCGAUGGCGGGCGACCCGGGCUGCCCCGUGCAGGCGCUGAACGUGUGCAACACGCGCCUGGGGAACCAGGGCGGGCUGGAGGUCGCGAGGCUCCUCGAGGCGGGCCACCCUCCGCUCCUGGAGCUGGACCUCCAGAUGAACAAGCUGGGCGACGCCGCCGCGGAGCCAUCGGCGCCGCGCUGCGCGCGAACCAGACCCUGA